UGAUGGUCGGACAGCAACCUUUGUUGGGAUUGGAACUAUCCAAUCCUCCUCAAGAUGGAAUAUCCAGCAUGGAGUUUAGCAAGACUGACAAGAACCUACUUGCUGUUUCCUCAUGGGACAAGACUGUGACUAUAUACGAUGUGAGUGCAAACCAUCCUGUCGCUGGAUAUAAGCACAAGGCGGCAGUGCUAGAUCUUGCUUUUUCUUCCACUGCACCGGUAGUUUACUCGGGUGGACUGGAUAGAGCGCUUCGAAGAUUUGAUGUGGUAAGCAAGACUGAAACCAGUUUGGGAACACACGAAGAAGCUAUUAGCUGUAUCAAUUACUCCAAGGAGAUCGGUCAAACCAUUACAGGAAGUUGGGAUAAAUAUAUCAAACUAUGGGAUGACCGCUUAUCCAUUUCUUUGACAGAGAGUUAUUCCCAUCCAGAAAAGAUCUACUCCAUCUCGUCAGUACAAUACAAGCUAGUUGUGGCCAUGGCUAAUCGCCAGAUCUAUAUAUACGAUUUGCGUAACAUGUCUGAAACGCUUCAACGACGAGAAAGCUCGCUUAAAUUCAUGACCCGUCGAGUAGCAUGCACACCCAAUGGGGAUGGGUUUGCAUCCUGUUCAGUCGAAGGCAGAGUUGCCGUAGAAUAUUUUGAUCCUGCUGAAGAAAUACAAGCAAAGAAUUAUUCUUUCAAGUGUCAUCGACAAGUCAUUGAUGGUGUUGAUACCAUCUUUCCUGUCAAUGCACUGGCCUACAACUCCAAACACGGUACAUUUGCAUCUGGAGGUGCAGACGGUGUAGUGAACAUCUGGGAUGGACUCAAUAAGAAACGUAUUAAGCAAUAUCCAAAAUAUCCAACGAGUAUUUCGUCACUUGCAUUCAACUUUGAUGGAUCACUUCUUGCAGUCGCGUCGAGCUACACAUACGAAGAAGGAGAAAAAGAUCAUCCAGUAGACUCUAUAUACAUCAGAUCUGUUGCGGAUAAUGAAAUGCGACCCAAACUUGCUUCUGGUCAUACUAAAUAACAUCAAUAAAGAACG